AUGCAGUCCUCGAUAAGUAAGGAAAUGAGUUUUUGAAAUUUAUAAUAUUUUUUUUCUGCAGAUAUUUGGCGAAUUGUCAAGGGCCGCAUCGACCAUGUCCGAAGCAAAAAUCCUCCGGAAUUUGAAGAACUCAAAAAUAUUGGAAUUCAAUUGCAAUUGUUUAUUUCGAAUCUGAAACAAGGUAAUUUUUGGUGAUAGAUUUUGAGAGCAACAGUCCUAGGGGGGGGUCUGAUUGUAAUUUUAUUCUGAUGAAUUUCAGAAUUGUUCGAAGAAGAGGACGUUUACAAGUUUGCCAAGAUCAACGGAGAUAGAUUUUUGAAGCGUGUCAAUCGUCAGAAAAGAGAACUUUUGGCGGUAAGAGGAGUUUACACAUCAGAUUUUUAACUACGCUAUUUCUCAUUGCACUGUAUUUCUUGUGUUUCGCAACUCAAUUAAAAGAACAAAUGAAAAAAUCGUGAAAAACGUCAAGUUGAGCGGACUUAAAUGACCCGGUAAUGGAGAUUAUGAGCAUUUUUGAAAAUUUUAUAUGUUGAUGAAUGAAGCUUGAAAUGUUUUUACUUCACAAAAAAUUGAAGUUGAACAUAAAUUUCAGAAAAAUAAAAAACUGAAAAAAAUAAAAGAUAUGUGUGACUUAGGUGGCCGAGAAAUGUCGGAAAUUCGGCCAAAGCACCAAACAUACUCUAAUGCUACCAAAAUCCUUACAAAUUACCGGAGCGCGUUUGUUGCUUUAGCUGAAUUCCCGAUUUUUUUCGACCAUCAAAAUAGUUCGGCCUCUUUCAUUUAUAUUUUUCAGUUUUAAUUUUUUUCUGAAACUUAUGUUCAACUUCAAUUUUUUGUGAAGCAUUUUGAGCUUCAUUCAUCAACAUUUUAAAAUUUUAAAAAUGCUCAUAAUCUGAGUUGCCGGGUCAUUUAAGAGGCGCAGAAGAGUUUCAAGUAUAGUGUGGAGAAAAGUGAUGAAAUAUUUGAUUUGCGGUAUUUUUCAUAAACAUACUAUAAUAUACUUCAGGAAUCGAUACGAGAAAUUCUGAUGCUAUCACAUUACGAAUGGAAGUUGUAUUCAUCGAAAACCGCCAACGCCGCACUUCAAAUCGAAAUCGUAGGAAUUACCGAGAAUUGUUCAAAAUUACUUAUUGUUUUUUUUUGCAGAAUGAAGCAAAAUCAAAAUAUUCGAUAAGGAAAUUAUUGGAAAUGUUCGUUGGUGGUGAGCAGAGAAAUAGAGGAAAUGUUGUCGCCAAUAUGAUGCUAAAUGAAGAGGAACUUCGGGCGGCGUUCAAUCGGAAUUUCAAAUCCGCGAAAUUCGAUAAUGUUUUUGUUAAAACUAUGUGUCUAGCGGACAAAGCAAACUUAGCGUCAACCUUGUUUAAACAAUGUUAUCAAAAUUCCAGCAGAGAGGUAUUCAAUUUAGUAAGAUAUUUUCACAGUAUUCUGAUUCAGCCACAUUGGAGGCCGAACUCGGCGCCAUGCGAUGGCGUCUUCGUUAAAAAAUCGAAUUAUGGCCUUCUUCAACAAUCAUUCCUACGUGUAGUGGCUGAGUAUACAGGAAAUAAGAUAAACUUCAUAUAAUGAAGUUAUAUUCUCAAACCGACUCACUAUAAUAAUCAAUCAAUCAGCUGUAUUUUCUAAUAUUAUUAACCUUAUAAUAUUAUUAACCUUAUUUCAAAUCUGUAUUAUGUCCAAAAUAUAUUCAAAUUCUCGGAUUUAUUUUCCAAACUCAAGGGAACAUUGCCAUGAAAUCUGGAAUUGUUUUUGCUGGAGCGAUGUUCAAGGAAUUGCAGGCUUCGGAAGCAAAAUGUGAGUAAAUUGGGAGUUUUUGGGGAAAAAUAUGCUUCUUGGCACAGCCCGAGAAACACUACCUACGACACUCCGUUUUGUUGACUUUUUCGAAAUGCCUGUUGUUUAGCGCACCUCCCUCUUUUUUAUUUUUGUUUUUUUGUUCUUCAUUCUUGUUUGCUUCAAAACAGGUCUUAAAAUGCAUCAAUCUCAGCAUUUUUUUUGGAUUUCCCAAAUAAUAACCUAAAGUUCAAUGAGUGAAAGUUUCAAGAUUCUCGUAUGUUUGAUUCUCCCGAAAAAAUCAAGUUUAUGCUGAAAAUGGUUAUUUUCGGUCAUUUUGAGCCAAAAGGGGUCUCAAAAUGUAUCAAUCUCGGUAAUUGUUUCCCGAUUUCCUAAAGAUUGAUCUAAAGUUUUAUAAGAAAAAGUUUCAAGCUUGUUGUAUGUUCUAUUUUCCAAUAAAAUUGAAGUUUAUGCUGAAAAUUCUCAUUUUCAGUCAUUUUCAGCCAAAAAAGGUCUUAAAGUAUAUCAAUCUUCAAAAUUUUUUCUGGAUUUCCCAAAGAAUGAUCUAAAGUUAAAUAACUUGAAGUUUCAAGAUUCAUGUAUGUUCGGUUAACCAAAAAAACUCAAUUUUAUCUGAAAAUGGCCAUUUUCAGUCAUUUUUAGCCCGAAACAGGGUCUGAAAAUCUAUCAAUCCUCAUACUUUUUUUUGAAUUUCCUCCAGAGAUUGAUCAGUAAAAGUUUCAGAAUUUUCAUUUAUAUAACUAUUUUCAACCUUAAAAAAAGAAAAAAAAAGUUCGAUUGACGCGAAAUUUCUCGAAUAAAAAAUAAACACGUGAAAUCUUUUUUGUCUCGAAUUUUGACUGGAGAAUAAAUUGAAAAACCGAGCAAGAUGUUCGAUUGACGCGAAAUUUCUCGAAUAAAAAAAUAAACACGUGAAAUCUUUUUUCCAAUUUUUUUUGACGAAUAACUUUUUCAAACCUCACCCGAGAACCUGGAGAAGUGGGUAAAAAAUUGCCCACCUGAAUUUCAAACCGAAAUUCGAAAAAAAAAAAUCAAUUUUGGAGCAUCUAGAGCCCAAAUUUGAUAAAAAUUGGAUAACAGAGCAUUUUGAGCUCGAAUUUCAAAAAAUUCAGAAAAUUUGAAGCAUUUUGAGCCUAAAAUUUGACACAAACUGAUAAUUUAGGGCGGUUUUUUUCAUUCAUUUAUCUCUGCAUUGGUUUUUAUUUUUUACGUAGCCCACAUUUUUCAAAAUUUAACCCCGGAAAUUUUAAAAGUUCCUCAAAACCAAAUUAUUUUCAAUUUCAAACUUAUUUUUUUGCAGAAUGUUGUGAUUGUGAAAGUCGAAGCGUCUGAUCUCGAUGAUAUUGGAAAUGAUUCGGCACCUCCACUUCAAUAUCGAAUCGAAAGAGGAGAUCCACAAUCAUUUUUCCGAAUCGAUCUAACUUCUGGAUAUCUAACAACUUCAGGAUCUCGAAAACUAGAUCGCGAAAAACAAGCUGAACACGAAUUAUGGGUUUCGAUUUGUGAUGGAGGCGAACCGCAAUUAUGCUCGCAAGUUGCGGUAUUAUAA